AUUAAGAGUUUGAUAUUGUUUUCCCGCUCUUCUCUAACAAACUCCGACGGUGCCCAUUCCUUCCAAAGGUCGCUUCCAGCUCCGGCACCGAAACUAGAACCCGAAGAUGACUGUGAAACGGAUGCUUUACUGGAAACCGAGGCAAGAAUCGGCAAUAUACAGCCAUACAUUGAACGAAAUCUCAGAGUGUGUGAAGACUUUGAAUGGCGUGAAAGAAGGAACAUGUAGAACUAAUCUCACUUAUUACAGUCCCAAUUUACGUGACGAAUCAAAGCGUGCUGAAUUCCCUCGCCAUACUUUCGGAUUAUAUCCCUUGGGACAACCUAACAAAUAUUACUCGGUCAUUUUGGAACAUAACAUUGUUCUUGAGGCUGAUCCUUCCAUCUUCGUUAUCAUGAAUAAACUCCAAUCUUACAAUUCUACUGUUAUCCUUCAUUUUGAGGGUGUGCAGUAUAAAGCGGGUGACUUUCAGAUGAAACUGAUUAAAGUUCUUGGUCGUGAUACAAAUCUGAGAGGCAUUUUAGUGGAGAUUGAGUAUAUGCCUAUUUCUUCAAUUGAAAUAGCGAAGCAAAUUAUGGAAGAGUUCAUUGGAAUAUGGCGAGGAGUGGUGUCGACAAAAGCAUUACCCGGUGAAUUCAUUGGAAAAGAACCAAAUUUUGUGGAAUAUGGGCUUUCUGACAGUUACACUUGGCAACACACAGCUGUUCAGUAUGUUGAUGCAUUGCUCGAAUUAAUUCAUUCAUGGGGACUUUAGAUUGAAGCAUUUCCCUUCUCAUCAAAAAGCAACAUACAUGUUCUUCUGCUAGUAUUGUGUAUAGAAACCAAUCU